UUAAGGUGAUGUCACAUUGUCACUCUGAUAAUUAAUCAAAGUGUUUGACAUGGGGGAGGGGCCCAGUAACUUUAUGAUCAAACUUAAUCAAUUUAGAAGCAACAGUAAUUUUUCGUACUUUGGUCAUCAUACUUUGAUCUGGUUUCUUUCAAACAUCACCCAAUUGAAUGAAAAUCAUGAUUUUAUCUCUGGAACAGCUUGGGGUCCCUGAAGAGGGAAUUGAAACCCACUGACUGAUUUAGUCAACCAACCAUUCUCAAUUGGCCCAAGGCCAUACGUGAGUAUUUCAUAAACCAGCAUCACUCCAUAGUCCUUCAUAAUAAAUCAAAAUCUGGCCUAACACAAAACAUUACAUAAACUAGAAUGACACUCAUUUAGGGUUGUACAAAAAGACCAAUGUGAAAACCACACCAUAAAAUAUUUUAAAACAAUCCUCCUCCCCUACAUUUGAAUUAUCACUAAAAGAGCAAAGAAGCCAUUUGUUAACUGUAAAGAACCAUUGAAGAGCUCAAAGGGUUCGUUGAGUCAUUAUGGUUCCACAUAGAACCAUCACCAUUCCCAAAGAACUCUUGAGGAACACACAUUUUUUAGUGUGUGGUGUAGGACGGCUAGUCAUCUUGAAAUGGUGGGAGAGACAGAGUGAGAAACGCUUAGGUGUGUGUGUGAGAGAGAGAGAGAGAGAGAGAGAGAGCGAGAGAGCGAGAGAGAGCGCAGUUGGGAAAGAUCGCUAUCAGCUGAAUUCAUUACAGUUAACGUCUCCCAUGGGUUUCAAGGGGAAAAGGCAAUUCUUGCAUUAGCAAUAAACAAUCCAAUGUUAGUCGUUUAUGGCUAGGAAAUCGGUCUGCUUUCUUGAGAACUGCGCGCAGUCGGUUCUUUUGGGUGUACAUGAAGGGGUGGGAGACAAAAGUCCCAUCUCUUUGCCGAAUGUAAUCCUUUAAUCUUUUGAAGGCAGCGCUGAACUUGGUGGCGCCUCUGAACCAGCCCGGGAGGCGAAGGACUGCUGCUGUGGCAUCGCCAGCGGAGUACAGGAGUAGCGGAGCAUACCGGGGAUAAACUGAAUCGUUGCCCGGACCAGCAUGCCCCCCACAACAACCACCCGCCUCCGGGAAUUCUCGGGCAGAGCCGCUAGGACCCUGGAGUACACCAGUCAAGAUGUGGAAGCCUGAAAGCCUAACAGAGUGAAAGCCUGCGCUGGGUGUCAUUUACGGGGGAAACGGACCAGGGAUAGUUCACCAUGCCCCAUGGAUAUACAAUAAAACGACGUUCAGCAUUCCUGAAAAAGGCCUCUGGAUCCAAAUGUCAAUUCCAACGGAGGCAGCAUCAGUCUGGGCCCAGCCGUGUGUAACGUGAGCGAGUGAAACAACGAGAGAGUGAAAGACAGAGAGAGAGAGGAAGAGAAGGAGAAGGAGGGGUCUCUCCGAUGAUAACCCUGAGUGUACCACACAUGGCUCUCUGGUAGCCACCAUUUUAAAUUGGCCCUUACAGUGCACUGCGGCGGCUGACUGAGAGUGAAAAUGUGAUGAGCUUUGCUAUCAUCCCCCGUAGCGAGCUAGUGAGUGUGGAUGGCGGCCGGUGAAGGAGGCACAUUGCUUAAUGAGACCAUUGCUCUUGUGUUAGGACGCUUAGGACAGGCAAUUACGGAGGAAUUACCACCAGAGGCCUUCUCCAGCACUGCUGCUGCUGCCGCUUCACCACUGCUUACUGCUGGAGCAGCAAACUAAGCAUUCACAGCUGGUUACAGAACUUUUUUUAUUCGGGUGGAUUUUUACUAUUUUUGUUCUUUUUUUCCUUUUUUUGCUACUGGCUGUUGUGAUUGUCAUUUGUCGUUCUUUUAACGACAGCUCCAUCAGUUCUGACCUAUCGUUUAUAAUGGAGCUACAUCCAUUGCGCGUGUGGAAUAAGGACUGGGCCUCUUUCCUCAGGCCAUGGAUACCCAUACUGCUGGGCCUGCACAUGCAGUUCUACCGGGCAUCUGGCUCAAGCUGCCCAGAGGAGUGCCGCUGUGACAGGACCUUUGUUUACUGCAACGAGAGGAGCCUGACCUCGGUGCCUCUAGGGAUCGGAGAGGGCUACAAGACCCUCUACCUCCACAACAACCAGAUCAACAAUGCCGGCUUCCCCUCUGAGCUUCACAACGUCGCCUCCGUGGAGACUGUUUAUCUCUAUGGUAACCAGCUGGACGAGUUUCCCAUCAACCUGCCCAAGAAUGUACGGGUACUGCACCUGCAGGAGAACAACAUCCAGACCAUCUCCAGGGCCGCGCUGGCUCAGCUGCUGUGGCUGGAGGAGCUCCACCUGGACGAUAACUCUAUCUCUACAGUUGGGGUGGAAGAAGGGGCAUUCAGGGAGGCCGUCAGCCUCAAGAUGCUCUUCCUCACCAAGAACCACCUGAGCAGUGUCCCUAUUGGUCUCCCUGAGGACCUCAAAGAGUUGCGAUUGGACGAGAACCGGAUUGCAGUGAUCACCGAGGAGGCGCUCAGGAAUGUGACGAGGUUAGAGCGCCUCCUGCUGGACGGGAACCUGCUGACAGAUGAGGGUGUGGCCCCUGGAACCUUCCAGGACCUGGUGACACUACGGGAGCUGUCUCUGGCGCGGAACUCCCUCACCUACCCGCCCCCGCUUCUCCCAGGGGAUGUUCUGGUGAAGCUGAACUUUCAGGAUAAUCAGAUGAAUGAGAUCCCUGUGACGGCCUUCGCAGGGCUGAGAAAGCUGGAGAGGCUAGAUAUUUCCAACAACCAGCUGCAGUCCCUGACAGAGGGGGUCUUUGAUGGCCUCGUCAGCCUCAGACAGCUCACUGUUCGUAACAACCUUUGGCUGUGUGACUGCAGCAUUAACUGGGUCAUACUGUGGUUAAAGUCUCUGCCAGUCUCCCUCAACGUGCGCGGCUUCAUGUGCCAGAAGCCCGAAACUGUCCGGGGCAUGGUAAUCAGAGAGCUGAACACCGAGCUUAUCCAGUGCCCUCGCAGCACCACGGCUGCCCUGCUGCCCACCCACUUGCCCCCCACCUCGCCAGGCCUCACCAUCCGCUUCCCUCCCUCCUCCACAGGCUACCCCUCAGACACAGAGUCUCUCUCUCCCCCAUCCAGGCUCCCCUUCUCACCCACACAUAACCCCCCUCUCCUCCCCUCCUCCCCUUCCAGAGAUGGGGAACAGAGGACUAACCUGCCGCCCCUGGACCCUGAGCGGGAGACCCUGCAGAUCAAGUUCACCAUACUCAAUGGUUCAGCCAUCCACGUCAGCUGGGUGGCCUCCUUUCCUGUCACAGCCUACAAGGUCACCUGGGCCAAGAUGGGUCCCAGCCUGUCGGGAGACACAGUGAGGGAGAGGAUGGUGGGAGGGGAGCACCGGGGCAUACGUUUGGUCAACCUGAAGCCUAAGUCCACCUACCGGAUCUGUGUCAUCCCGUUGGAUGCGUUCAAUAACUACCGGCCCAAGGAUGAUACAGUGUGUUCAGAGGCUGUGACUAAGCCGGUCUCCUAUGGCCAAGGUAAUAAUACAGGGCCACCGGGGCCGGAGCAGGCCACCCAGCAGGACCCCAGUUCUCCCUUUCUUCUGGCUGGCCUCAUCGGAGGGGCCGUGAUCGUAGUUCUGGUGCUUCUCCUUAGCAUAUUCUGCUGGCACAUGCACAAGAAGGGUCGGUCGUCCUCGGCCAAGUGGAAAUACAAUAAGGGCAGGAGAAAAGACGACUACUGCGAGGCAGGAACCAAAAAGGAUAACUCUAUACUGGAAAUGACUGAGACCAGCUUCCAGAUAGCGUCCCUGAACAACGAGCAGCUCCUCAAGGGAGACUACCGCAUACAGCCCAUUUAUACCCCUAAUGGGGGCAUUGGCUUCAGAGACUGCCCUCUGGGAAGCAAUAGCACAGUAUACUGCAAGAACAAUGUUCAAGCAGACGCAGACUUUUGCCGUACAUGAUGGUUUUGCAUAGCAGAGUGUUAUAGAACCCCCUUUGUAUUAACAAAUACACUUAACUGCAUACAGUACACUGAAAAGUAUAUUUCAAAGACCUCUGUGUCUGCAAUGUAAUUUAUACACCGGCUGGGCUAUAAUGUUGAAUUCAGCUAACUUUUAUAUUCCCUUAGUAAAAAAUGCUAAUUGAUUUAUAAGUUAUUUAUUUCUCAAAGUUGUGUAACUCGGUUCUGUGCAUACAGUUCUUUACAAUCAGAGCUUUCUCUCAUCAUUUUAUAUUUUGAGCUCCAUAAAGAUUGGGCCAUGUGGAAGUCAUAUGAUAGUCAGACGGUCUACUCAUUCCUAUAAAAAUAGCCUAGCCAGUAAUGAGUCUAACAUGCACAAUGUCCAUAACAGAUAUAGCUACAUCCCAUGUUUUGGCAAUGGAAAUUAAAACAAAAAGGGUUUUAAGUCAUAGACUUGAUGUGGCAACUCAAUGUGACAGAGAGAACCAACCAUUCAGGAAAUGAGCUUUGGGGAUAAAUAUUUUCUCACAGUAAGGAUUUGAGAGAGAAUGGGAGAGAGUAUAGGAAGGAGGGAGGAAGGGGAGGGAAAGAGAGAGGGAAAGAGGGAGAGAAUCUGUUCAUUCAAAUGCACCACAAGAGGGCAGAAUUUUUCAUUAUUGUCAAUGAUUCAUUCAUGAUUCUUGAUCUUUUUAUUUGCUUGGACAUUGCUGAGUAUUGAAAUGUAGUUCUGCCUAUGUAAGUAAUACUGCAGUGAGUGUCUCUCUUUCAUCAUCUCAUCUACAUAACAAAGACACAUUUCUAUGAACACAGUUUUGAGAAGUGUUGGUCAAAUGGCUGCAUGGAUUCCAGGGCUGGUAGACAUCAAGUGUCUCCGAUUAGAUGUGCUGAUCUAGGAUCACGUCCCCCUCUGUCAUCUUAUACAAAAUUGGCUACACUGAUCCUAGAUCAGCACUCCUAUUCUGAGAUGCUUGAUACAUGCGGCGUGUGAUUCAAGUAUUUAUUUCAGUAACACAUGGUUAUGUUGUUGGCCAGUGGUCAUUCACCACAACCUGGAAAUACUGUUCAUGAAAAUGGUAGUAGGCUACUGUAGUUAUGGAGUUUGUUGAACCUUUUGAUUGUUUCCCAAGCUGUUUAAAAAACAGCUCGACUCAGCAAAUCAUGCACAGGUCAUAAGUUUGCAUCUUAUGCUUUCCAAAAAAAACGAAAAUUAAAGCAUAAGGAAGCUGUACGUCGUAUAGCUGAGAAUGAAAGAUCCACAAGCACAUCUGUCAAGACAGUUGGAUACGAAGCAACUAUCUGAGUUUAUGUUCAGCAAAAAAAAUAUGUUAUGGUAAUAUAUUAUAUGUGCCUUGAAAUGAUCAGCUCAUAAUGUAAGGUCUUUUGAAUCCAUGUGUUUUCUGCACAAAAGUGUAAUGUAAAUACAUUCAAUUGACAUUGAAUUGUUGUUGGAAAAAA